AACACAGGAGCCGGAAACACCAUCAAGCAGUUAACAAAACACUUUCUCUACACCACCACUCGCCCAUAAUGUCCACCCGAUCGUCUCCUCGUCCCUCAAUCGCUUCAUCUCGUGCCCGUUCUCCAACACCGACGUCGCCAGGCCGUCCAUCGAUUGAACCCCUAAACACCAACAUCGCCUCAAGCUCUCUGAGCACUGCAUCGACCCCGUCCACCAUCCGCGCCGUCUCUCCCUCUGUUCAUACGCGGCGCAAUAGGGCAGCUCUCCGAGACUACUACAACCUCCGCCCACCGCAGGCAGACUCGGGAACGUACCGUUCUCGUAGCAUCCCCCGAUCGAUCGUCGAUGGCCAACAUGAAGCCUCGACAACGACAGCCACCUUCGUACCGACUGGGACGGAACUUGACAACCCAGACUUUGAUCCUCAGAGAUACGUGGAUCAGCUCCUUGCAACAUCAUCGCUGUCUACGGUCUUAAAGGCGGAGAACACGCUUGUAGGUGAUAUUCGUACGCUCGACGGCGAACGGAAAGCACUCGUCUACGAUAACUACUCGAAAUUGAUACGAGCCGUUGAGACAAUUGGGAAAAUGCGUCGGAGUAUGGAUGAGCGUGGGACACCGCUGACUAUGACCAAGACGCUGGGGCCGGCGAUAGCAUUCGUUGCUGAAACUGCUGGGGGGUUGAUUCAGGAAGGGGAGGAGCAGAGGCGGCAAAUCAAAGAGGCAAAGAAUAGUGAGGAGGAUCGAAGGAGAAGAAGAGCAGAGAAGGAGACGGUGAAAUGGGUGCUUGCUGCUCCGGAUAGGCUCAAGAAGCUCCUUGAAGAGGGUAAGAGGGAGGAGGCAGAGAAAGACUGGGAGGAAGUGCGAGGAUUGCUUGACAGAUGGAACGGGGUGAAGGGAGUGACAGAAAUUAGGAAUGCUUGUGUCAAGGCAAUGGAGAGCAAGAGCGACGGGGGCUCUUGAGUUUUGUCUCUGGCCAUUGAGAAGAACUGGAGUAUGCUGCUCCCUUGAAGGUUACUUCUUAUUCCUCCUACCUUUGCUGUGUGAACAGGCGCCUUCUCUACGUCCGGCACCUCAGCUGCAGGCCACGGUCUUCAAUGAUUACUGACCGUGUGCCAAACGAGACAAGGUCUCCACCCUAACAUAAUCUGCCGCCAAGAUGUCCUUAUUGGCGAGGCACAAGGCUGUAGAUACGUGAGCAAAGACAGGGUUGCAGGAUUGCUCCUGAAAAGGCAUUGGAGUCAUCCGCCAUGUAAGUGAUACGUUUGACACAAAAAGAGGUUGUCAGGCCAGCAGGUUGAAGACUGCAUUCAAAACAAGAACUACCAAUGCAAUGG